AAUAUCGAAAGAGAUAGAGAGAGAGAGCAAGAGAGAGAGAGAGAGAGAGAGAGCGAGAGAGAGAGACGGCCAAGCAGCUCCCCUCUGUGCAUCAGUUACCGCGGAUUGUGCAGACAGAGCUAUCAGUCCAGUUCUAAAAAAUUUAUUCACGGUAAAAAUGUCGGCCAGACCAGGCUACUAUCGGCAGGAGCUGAACAAGACUGUAUGGGAGGUUCCCGAGCGGUACCAGAACCUGACUCCCGUGGGCUCUGGGGCCUACGGUUCGGUAUGCUCAGCGUAUGACGUGCGGCUACGGCAGAAGGUGGCGGUGAAGAAGCUGUCCCGGCCUUUCCAGUCCCUUAUCCACAGUAGGCGCUCGUACCGCGAGCUCCGGCUACUCAAGCACAUGAAACAUGAGAACGUGAUAGGACUACUGGAUGUAUUCUCCCCUGCUGCAUCGCUAGAGGACUUCCAUGAAGUCUACCUGGUAACCAACUUGAUGGGGGCAGACCUGAACAACAUAGUCAAAUUCCAGCGUCUCUCUGAUGAGCAUGUGCAGUUUCUUAUUUACCAGUUGCUCAGGGGCCUCAAGUACAUCCAUUCAGCAGGACUGAUCCACAGAGACCUGAAACCAAGUAAUGUGGCAGUGAACGAGGACUGCGAGCUGAGGAUCCUUGACUUUGGAUUGGCCAGACAGACGGAUGAUGAGAUGACGGGGUACGUGGCGACUCGCUGGUAUCGAGCGCCAGAGAUCAUGCUUAACUGGAUGCACUACAAUCAGACAGUGGAUAUCUGGUCAGUGGGAUGCAUCAUGGGAGAGCUGCUGAAGGGGAAGGUCCUGUUUCCCGGCAACGACUAUAUCGACCAGCUGAAGAGGAUUAUGGAGGUGGUGGGCACCCCGGCCCCUGACCUUCUACAGAAGAUCUCCUCUGAACAUGCUCAGAAAUAUAUCCAGUCUCUACCCUUCAUGCCCCAGCAGGACUUGGAGAAGAUAUUCAGAGGAGCCAACCCAAUGGCUGUGGAUCUACUGAAGCGCAUGCUGGUUCUAGACUGUGACGGGCGUAUCUCGGCCAGUGAGGCUCUCUCCCACCCUUAUUUCUCCCAGUACCACGACCCGGACGACGAACCAGAGGCCCUGCCCUACGACCAGACGCUGGAGAGCAAGGACCGCACGCUAGAGGAGUGGAAAGAGCUGGUGUUUGAGGAGAUGAAUGGAAUCAAAGCGCCUGUCAGCGAGACGAGCAGUCUACAGGUGGAACAGUGAAAGACAAACCCUGCCUCCUUCUGCUCCGUCAGCUGAGGAAGGACCGCCGCCUUGUCUCCGUCUGUCUGCCGGCGUUGGGGAGGCGGGAGGAUCCGAGAGAAAGAGAGACUUCGGGCCAAUCAGAGACAACCCUGUGUCCCCUAGAGGCAUGACACCCCUCCCCUUGCUCACUGUGACUGGCUAUUUGACUGCCUGUCAUGAGUUUUGUAAAAGGGGAGCAGGGAGAGGGGAGGUCUGGUUGAACUGAUAGGGAUGAGAAUACGCACAUUACGACGAUUACAGGGAGCAUGUUUUGAUAGGUAUAUGUUUACAGUCUGUUGAAGAGAGGUAGGAGAGAGAGACAGAGAGAGAGAAAGUAGCACUAGGAUUUUCAAACCUACCUAAGGGUCCAACUGAUAAAUAGGCAUUGGCUACAGGUCACUGGAAAUCUUUGUCAUAAAGACAUUUUAUAAGUAGUCAUAAUGGAUGUCAGUUUAAGUCUGCUUAUAACACCUGUAAUGUCAUGGUAAUGACAGUUUAAUGACAGAGGGUUCUAGUGAAUUGUUGUCAAGAAUUGUCCACGCAUUUCGCUGUCGUAAGUGUUCAGUUGGGUUGAGAUCUGGUGACUGAGACGGCCAUGGCAUAUGGUUUACAUCGUUUUCAUGCACAUCAAACCAUUCAGUGACCAUUCGUCCCCUGUCGAUGGGGGCUUUGUCAUCCUAUGGGGGCAUAGUCAUGGUGGCCAAAAUAAUGGCCAGCCCAGAAUUUUUAUACAUGACCCUAAACAUGUUGGGAUGUUAAUUAAUUAACUCAGAAACCACACCUGUGUGGAAGCACCUGCUUUCAAUAAGAUUUGUAUCGCUUAUUAACUCAAGAGUUUCCAUUAUUUUGGCAGUUACCUGUAUGUAGGCUAUGCAUUUGUUGCUGGUAUCACCCAUUUCAGAUUCCACUAGGCUCUAGUCCAACAGGUUUUACUAGUCCCUGGCUCUGUUGAGAAACCCAAACCUAUAGCUGAAGUUUACAUCUGAACAUUCAGCAGAUACCAUUACCCACAGUUACUCCCACAGAUACCAUUAUCCACAGUGAUUCCCACAGAGAUACCAUUACCCACAGUGACUCCCAGAUGCAUUAUGCAGUUUAAAUUGGAUUUACAAUAGGUCUGAAUGUUGUAGUUUCAGAGGUCUAAUAUUCAGCAUGUUUUAAAGGGGCGUACUGAGGUGAACGAAUUACAGGGGAAUAAAAUAAUUACAUUUUUUUAUAAAAAAACAUGUCCUGGAAUUGCAACAUAUAUUACCCCAAGAACUACAACAACAAUCAUAUACACAAUGCCUCAAUUACAGUAGAGAUAAUCCAAAAUACUCUUUCUCGGUUGAUGUUUGACUAUUUACGGUCCUGUAUGUGUCAUGUACAAAUGUUGAUAUUGGAAACUUGGUGGAUUUAAAUAGAACUGCAAAAAAGAUGAAUGUAUACAAAACUGUAUGUUUAAAAAAACAAGUGUCUUUUCAUUCUAUGGUGGCAUGAAUUUUAACUGUAAAAUUUAUGCCAUAUGCAUUUCCAAUCAAUAACCAAAUGUCAACUCUGUGUCAUAAUGCCAUGACAACUCAUGACAGUUGACGUCAACCAGCUCAACUCUAUUACAACAGUUAUUACACCAUUAUGCAAGCAUGAACAAGUAAACAUUUGGUUACACAUAUUCAGGAUAAAUCAAAUCGAUCUAUUCCCUGUCUUGUUAACGUCAUGAAUGCAUGCAUCAAUCCAGCCUUGUUUACUCCCAAAAUGAUUAAGUCUGUUGUUGUAUGGAUAAAUUCCUUUAUGUUUUCCAAGUAUCACGCAUCAGCCUAUCAGCCGGUAUGCAGCACUAUGUCAGUGGUGAGAAUCUGUCAUGGGCAUAGCAUGUUGUGGCAUUAUGAAAGACCACUUUACUCCCGAGUUAUGGCCUACUCAUUCCUCCUCCACAUCUAUACUCCCAGCCCACACACACAGUAGCUUUCCAGUGCUUUAUGGGUUCCAAGUCUGAGUAUAUAUGGCCUUUUGUGUGUGUGUGUGUGUUUGUGUGUGUGUCAAUUUGCCUUCAAGGUCCAUUCUUGCAUGUUUCCAACAAACAUGCCUGCAGGCAUCGAACUAUGCCAUAAUCUCUCAGCCACAGAACAGAGACAGUAUUAUGAGAGACCACCCUUCUGAUCAUCAUGACGAAGCAUGUAUCCUCUUCUUCCUCUUGUCAUCAAUAAAAGCUCAAUUCCUCACCAGUUA